AUGCCGCUCAACGUCACCAAGACGCCAGAAGGCAACCUGCUCACCUACGACGCCGAUGGACUGCCCGUCAUCUACAACCUCGGCGACAUGGCCUGGGUCGCUACUGCGACCGUCAUCGUUGGCAUCAUGCCUAUCGGGCUCGGCCUACUCUACAGCGGCCUCCUGCGACGCCGCAAUGCCCUGAGCAUGAUCUUCCUCGCUCUCACGGUGUACUCGGUCGGGCUCCUGCAUUGGUUCAUGCUCGGCUACUCGCUCACGUACGGUCCGGGAAACGCCUUCAUCGGCGACUCGACGUGGUUCGGCUUGGUCGGCGUCGACAUCAAGCCGUCGCCGGGCUCGACGGCGAUCCCGGCCCUGCUCUACGAGAUCUACCAGGCCCAGUUCCAGGCCAUCACGGUCGUCAUUCUCGUCGCAGGCACCGCCGAGCGAGGUCGUCUCGCGCCUCUGCUCAUCCUCGCGUUCGCGUGGUCGACACUCGUCUAUAAUCCCGUCGCGCACUGGGUCUGGUCCUCCUCAGGAUGGCUCUACAACCUCGGCGACCUCGACUAUGCAGGCGGCGGGCCCGUCCACAUUGCGAGCGGCGUCGGCAGCUUCGUCAUCUCUGCUUUCGUCGGCAAGCGUCGAGGGUACGGUACGCCGCAGCUGGAUUACCGUCCGCACAGUUCCUUCUUUAUCGCGCUCGGCACGGCGUUCCUCUGGUUCGGCUGGUGCUGCUUUAACGGCGCCUCGAACUCGGCGCUCAACCUCAAGUCGAUCAUGAACAUCAACAACACCCUGUACGCCGGUGCGGCGGGCUGCCUCGGUUGGACUGCCGUCGACUUUGCGUUCACGCGCAAGUGGUCGGCCGUCGGCGCAGCUUCGGGCAUUCUCGCGGGCCUCAUCGGCAUUACGCCCGCAGUCGGCUAUGUCGCAGUCCCUGCAGCAUUCGGCAUCGGCCUCCUAACAGCGAUCGCUUGCAACCUGGCGACGGGCCUCAAGCGGCUCAUGCACGUCGACGACGCUGUCGAUGCCGGCGCUCUGCACGCGGCAGGCGGUAUCGUCGGCGCCAUCCUCACGGGCAUCUUCGCCGACUCUCGGGUCGCCGAUUUUGACGGCCUGACCGAGAUUGACGGAGGAUGGAUCAACGGGUACUGGCGAGUCAUGGGUCUGCAGCUGGCGGGCGUCACCUCGAUCGUGUUCUACACCGCUGUCAUGACCUACGUCCUCCUCUUCCUCAUCAACCUGAUCCCUGGGUGCAAGUUCCGCUCGACUGAGGAGGCAGAGAUUGUUGGCAUCGACGAGGAACAGCUCGGCGAGUUCGCCUACGACUAUCUCGAGCUGCGCCGCGACAUCAAGAGCCACAAGCUGUACUCGAACUCGCCGACGCUCUCGGCGACGAACGAGCGAGGUCGGCCGGCCGACGCUCGCACCGCGACGAGCGCGUCGCAUGAGUCGAAGGAGGGCGUCGAGGGCAGAGUGUCACAGGUGCGCGAGGCGUGA